UCGGGGACGUUAACUACCCAUUUGAUUUUCUAUGGUUUAAGGAAUAUCGGAAAUUCAGAAAAGUAUUGUUGUAUUUUAAAGUUUUAUCGAGAAUGCUGAAAGUUUAGCUGCAUUAUAGUGCCUUCUAUGUAAUAACGAGAUGAUUUCGUCUCCAACCGCAUCAAGUUCAAGUGACAGAAAUAGCGAUUUGGAAUCAUCAAACAAUGUUCCAUCCAAUUUUAGAAUCCAGAAUAAAGUUUCCAGAAUAGAUUCAACUUUGGAUAUGAGUACUUCAAGGUUUCAAACUCAAAUACCCACGGCGACCCCUUUUGUUUAUGUCCAUCAUCCUACAAGUUCCCUCUAUGUUACCCCCAAUUCUCCAAAUGCAUUUGUCAAAACAUCUCCAUCUGUUCCUAUUGCAAAACCUAGCCCUUCAUCUCAUAAACCCAUUUCGGGUCUGCCUGUUCCUUCUAAUCAAAGUGUAUUGUUACCCAAUAAAAACAAUACAAUAAAACCCCAAAUUCUAAUACAGAAAGGAGGAACCUUUGUUAUCAAACCAGUUGUCAACCUUGGAAGUUACAGUGAAAAUGUACAUCAUGGAAACAAGAUACACAUAACGGCAACAACUACUUCAUAUCUUCAAAAACCUGUUGCCCCUAAGUUUGUUUUAGCGUCUCUUCCUAAAGCUACCAGUUUGACCGUUGCCAAUCCAGUUCAGUCGAAUUUGACAAUAUUGCCAUUGACUGUACCAUCUAAUACUACUGAAAACUCAACAAAUACUUUCAAAAUCAUGAACCCUUCAAUGUUGAGUUUCCAAAUAGCGGACAGAAAAUUAAGGCCUUCCAGUUCUCCAAUAAAUGUGUUGUGCGAUUCCAACAGUAGCAGCUCUGAGAAUAAUGAAAAUAAAUUGAUUUGCUCAGAAAUUAUUGAUUUAGAUAGUCCAGUUAAGGAAGAGCAAUCUCCGAGUAGUGAUAUCAUGAUCAACAGUUUGCCAGAUGUGUUGGAGAAACCUGUUAAGAAACCGAAAGAAUUGAAAUUUUCUCAACAUGGUGUUUCUAUUUUGAAGAAAAGUAUAGCAUUCACCAGGGAUAAUUUCAACUAUGCUCCCAAGCAAUUGAUGAUUUCUGAUUCAGUUUCAGCUUUGCCAAUUAGUAAAGAUGUAGAUGUAUCUACAUCGAAUUCAGAAGUAGAAGAAAGGGUCUCUGUUUCAUCAGAGCCUAAAGUGACGCCUGUAGUUACCCAAAAAUCAGGAAGGAGGAAAUCGAGCUUCUGUUUCCGUAAGGAUUUCGAUGAUUCCAUUCAGUUCUUAGAUGACGCGGUGGACUUGCAGAAAUCUCUACAGGAUAAUGGCAUAUCUUUGACUAGAGCUGAAACUAAUGAAGUAGUUUCUUAUGAAAGGAAUGAGGAAGAUGAUGUGGAAAUAAAUUUAAUCGAAUCUGUAAAGAGAGAAUCAAGUCCAAAAAUCAGUACAGAUUUCGACAAAAUGAUCAUAUGGGAAAAUGGAGUAGGAAAACUUCCUGGUACUGAUUUGAAAUUCAUUUUGAAUGAAUUUGAGAUGGUGGAGUUUAUCACCAACUCUGAUUAUGAAGAAAUGGUGGUAUCCAAAACUGCCAAACCAAAGGACAAAAUAAAGGAAGAAGAUAUAAGAUGCAUUCAGUGUGGGUGUUAUGGUUUGCUGUCCGAUUUUAUCAGUCCAAAGUAUUGCAGUUUUUCUUGCAAGGAAAAGCGGAAAGAGAUAAUCAAAGAGAAAGAAAUGAAGCAUAAAAAGAAAAAGAAGAUAAAGAAGCGUGAAAUAGAAGAGAAUAAAAAUGAUGAAGAGUCAGAAUCUUCUGUAGAGAAUUCGUACAAUUCUAGAAUUCCAUACUUCUGGAAAUGUAAAAAUAAGGAAUUUUCAUGGGCAAAAUACUUGGAAUUCACCAAGUCCCAAUCUGCUCCUGUCAAACUUUUUGCUGAUCCCUUUCCCUAUUCUCGAAAUAAAUUCAAACCCGGGAUGAAAUUAGAAGGAAUUGACCCUCACCAUCCUUCCCAUUUCUGUAUCCUAACAGUAGUAGAGGUCCAAGGAUAUAGGAUGCGGCUUCACUUUGACGGAUAUUCUAAGGAUUACGAUUUCUGGGUGAAUGCCGACAGCAACGAUAUUUUCCCUUUGGGUUGGUGUGAGAAAAACGGAAGGUAUCUCAAUCCACCACCCGAAUAUGCCGACAAGGAUUUCAACUGGGUACAGUAUGUGAAAGAAACCAGAUCACUGGCAGCCCCAAAAAGUGCUUUUCCAGACCGAAGCCGUAAUGGCAUCUGUCCAAUAGGAUUCAGAAUAGGCAUGAAGUUAGAAGCUGUGGACAUGAAGAACAAUACUUCGAUGGUUUGCGUUGCCACAGUAAGAGAUAUUCUGGAAAAUAGGAUUUUGGUUCAUUUUGACAGUUGGGAUGACAUAUAUGACUAUUGGGCAGAUCCUUCAUCUCCAUACAUUCAUCCCAUUGGUUGGUGUGAUAAAUUUGGCCACUCCUUAACGCCGCCUAAUGAUUAUCCAAACCCAGAGGACUUCAGUUGGGAUGUGUAUCUUAAGGAAACCAACUCUUUGCCAGCUCCGGUGAGAGCGUUCAAACAGAAAGCCGCUUCCGGCUUCAAGAAAGGGAUGAAGCUAGAAUGUGUGGAUAGAAGGAUACCUCAACUGAUCAGAGUUGCCACCGUUGUAGAUGUCAAGGGUCAUCAGAUCCGAAUACAGUUUGAUGGUUGGCAAGACAAGUACAGUUACUGGAUCGAAGAUGACUCUCCAGAUAUUCACCCAGCUUCUUGGUGUCAAAAAACCAACCAUCCCUUAGAACCGCCCCUGACUCCUGACGAUUUUUACGAAUUUCUUGAUUGUCCGACGAUUGGCUGCAAAGGGAUUGGAAACGCUUUAGGACCGAAAUACUCCACCCAUUCGUCGGUGGAACAUUGCCCACUGUCUGAUCAAAAUUUGUUGUCUGAAAAAAAAUUACCAGAUAGAUUGUUGAGUCCAGGAAGGUCUGUUGAGUCUGUCGUACCAGUUUCGAGGGAGCCUAAGGAGAAAGCGAAAGCCAGGCUUGGAAGACCUAGAAAACGGUCAUAUACAGAAAUGAAACAGGAACAAAAAGAUGAUUAUGAAGAAAUGGAUCAUAAAAAGAUUCGUAGAUUGAAUGAUGUAGAUCAAUCCAUGGAGGAUAGAAUAAUGAACUACAUUCAGGAUACAGCCGUUAUCAAAGCAGAAAAAGAUUCGCUGGCUUUACAUUCCAAGUUUCUUUUGUCGUAUACAAACAUAGAAACUGAUCCAAACUCUUGGACGAUAACAGAGGUGGCAAAUUUUAUACAGUCCUUACCUACAGGAAGUGAUUAUUCUGAAGUAUUCAGGAAGCACAUGAUUGAUGGAGAAGCUCUGUUAUUGAUUACCCAAAAUGAUAUUGUCGAUGUUCUGAAGAUUAAACUUGGGCCUGCUAUUAAACUAUAUAAUAGUAUAGUGUUGUUGAGGAAAAAAACCUACGAUGUUUUUAAGGAAGAAUAACGAAAUUGAAUUAUACAUGUGAUCAUAAAUCUUGUGUAUAUAGUUGUAUAAAUUAUCGGGAUCGAUAUUUAUUAUAUUUUACUUUUAGUUUGUUUUCGAAAUAAAUUUUUUAUUGUUUCCAA